UUCCCGUCGGCGGGUGAAGGCCACAAACGGCAGCUACUACCCGCAUAAGUAAAGAUGGCGGAAGAAGAGAAUUUAGCUGAUGAUUUUGAUCAAAUUUAUUUUUUAAAAGACCGACAUGUACGUUUUUUUCAAAGAUGCCUCCAGGUGUUACCGGAGCGGUAUUCGUCGUAUGAAACUAGCAGGUUGACGAUUGUAUUCUUUGCCCUAUCUGGGCUUGAUGUUCUCGAUGCCUUGGAUGUUGUGGACAAGCCCAGCUUGAUUGAGUGGGUAUACUCACUGCAAGUUGUUCCCACUGAGGACCAGUCCAAUCUUGGCCGCUGUGGGUUCCGAGGAUCAUCGCACAUUGGAGUUCCAUACAAUACCUCAAAGGGCCCUGGAUCUCCUCAUCCUUAUGACAGUGGCCAUGUGGCUAUGACCUACACUGGCCUAGCCUGUCUCAUUAUUCUGGGAGAUGACCUUAGUCGAGUCAAUAAAGAGGCUUGCCUGGCAGGCCUAAAGGCCCUGCAACUAGAGGAUGGCAGUUUCUACGCAGUGCCCGAGGGAAGUGAAAAUGACAUGAGGUUUGUGUACUGCGCUGCUUGUAUCUGCUACAUGCUGGAUGACUGGUCAGGGAUAGACUGCAAGAAAGCCAUCGAUUACAUCAGGGGAAGUAUGUCUUAUGACAAUGGGAUUGGCCAGGGAGCUGGCUUGGAGUCUCAUGGUGGUUCCACGUUUUGUGCCAUAGCCACACUGUGUCUGAUGGGCAAAUUAGAAGAGAUGUUCAGUGAGAGAGAGUUGAACAGAAUGCGCAGGUGGUGCAUCCUCAGACAGCAGAAUGGCUUCCAUGGGCGCCCCAACAAGCCUGUGGAUACAUGUUACUCAUUCUGGGUGGGCGCAACACUAGAGCUUCUAGAUGUAUUUCAGUUCACUAAUUUUGAAAAGAACCGGAACUACAUCCUGUCCACUCAAGACAGCCUGGUGGGAGGCUUUGCCAAAUGGCCAGACAGCCAUCCAGACCCUCUGCACACGUACUUCGGCAUCUGUGGCCUGAGCCUGAUAGGCGAGCCCAACCUGCGUAAAGUGCACCCAGCCCUCAAUGUCAGCGACAGGGCCUUCGAGUAUCUGCAGCAGCUGCAUCGGACGUGGAGAGAAAGCUGCACAUGACAGCAUGCCCUCCCACAAUCCCGCCACUGUCUGCAUCAAGACCACAGCAGCCUACAAGCCAUGUGCAGCCCCCGGCAAGUCCAGCCUCGCCCCUCUGAAGCCCAGCCUCAUUCACCUUAGCAAUAGAAACUGAUUGGACCACGGACCGCCGCCCAAAAAGGAGGGCAGGGAGGAAGGACAUGAUGAAUAAGUUAUACGGUCUGGCAUGAUUAAUUAUUAAAAGUGAAACUGUUAGAGUCGCUGCUUGGCCUGUGCUGACCGUUUGUUUGGGUCGUCUACACAUGAACAAGAUUUGUUUCUCCCUGAUGCAUUGUUUUUUCUGGGUUAGACAUUGAGAAACAUGAAACAUUUGGGUAGGGCCAUACAACUUCAUCUCUAAUUCACUUGAUGUUUUUUUUGCCUUGGAAGUUUUUUUAUUUCUAUACAUGAAAGCAAUCUAAUAAUGUUGAUAAUGUACAAACCACGUUUUUGGUUCAGACAUUUUGUAAAAUGCAAUAAAAACAAAAAUCUGUAAUUUGUUACUUCUCUUGAACCUUUAUUUAACUGACAAAAGUACAAAGAUUUCCAAUUUGUACACUGACCAACUUAUUUGUGUUUUGUAAAUAUAAACAAAUUUAGAAUUUAAUAAUUGCAGCACACAAAAUUUGGGACAGAGGCAUGUUUACCGCUAUGUUUACCGCUAUGUUACAUCACCUUUGCCUUUUAAUUACACUUUUUAAUCUUUUCAGAACUGAGGAUACUAAUUGCAGUUUUGCAAGUGGAAUUUGUGCCCAUUGUUGCUUGAUACAAGACUUCAGCUGCUCAACCGUCCAUGGUUGUCAUUUUCUGAUUCUCCUCUUCAUGAACCAUACAUUUUCAAUAGGAGACAGAUCUGGACUGCAGGUCGGCCAGUCAAGCACACACACUUUGUGUCUGCAAAGCCAUGCUGUUGUGGCAUGUGCAGAAUGAGGCCUGGCGUUGUCUUGCUAAAAUAACUAUGGACUUCCUGGGAAAAGAAGUCAUCUUGAUGGCAGCAUGUGUCUCUCUGAAAUCCUUUUAUAUGCCUCCACGUCAGUGGUACUUUCACACAUAUGCAAGUCACCCAUGCUGUGGGCACGAACAUGCUGAAAUGUGGACUCAUCUGAACACAGCAUACAUUUCCACUGUCUUUUAGAUCAUCUGAGAUAAGCGCGGGCCCAGAGAAUCCAGCAGCGUUACGGCAUAGAAUUGAUGUAUGGAUUUCUCUUUGCGUAAGAGUUCAAGUCAAACGGGGGGACAUUCUGGGUCAUUGUUCUUCAGACAUUAGCGUUUACCCUCAUCUAACGCUUUGAAUUCAGUUCAUGAAGGCCUUGAUAAUUAGCUGAUGAGUCAAACCAGGUGUAGUUUAAUGAGGCAACGUGCUGAAGUCUGCAGUGUUUUUGCCAGUGAGGAGCUUGACACGUGCCCUACACGGACUGAGGUUUCUCUGGAUUUCCUGAACAUUAUGUAGAAUAGAUUGUGAAAGACCUAGAUUCUUUGCAACCUUGCAUUGAGAAAUGUUAUUUGACUGUUUGACAAUUCUCUCACAAAGUUUGGCACAAAUUGGUGAACCCAUUUUGCAAAGACUGAGCCUUUGGUGGAUGCUCCUUUUAUACCAAUUAUGAUCUCCUCAUCAGUUCACCUGCUUAUUGUGGAAUGUUUCAAAACUGCAAUUUAAAUAUUCUAUAAAUCUUUCACUCUUAUUUUGCUUCUGUCCCCUUUUUGAGUGUGUGGCAGGCAUCAAAUUCAAAAUUUGUAUUUACAAAAUACAGAUUGGUCAACCAAAACAUUGUCAUUUCUUUGUACUUUUGUCAAUCAAGUAAAGGUUUCAAGAGUGCGUUUUAGAAAAUGUCUCAACUUUUCUGGAAAUGGGGUUUGUAGAUUAAAAUAUCUAUUCAGUGCAACGUCUCCUUUAAAAUAUUCUUAUGAAUAUUCUUUAAUAUUCUGUACAGUAUUCUUUUUGUCACUCUAUAUAAUGUGUUGUAUCAUUUGAUAUCUUUUUCAAAGCAAAAGCUGAUUAUUUUAGAAGUUGUUUUACUGAAACAGACCAUGUAGUCAAAAGACUGUCUUCUCAUUGAAUGUGCCUCAGAUAUGUAACUGUGCACCCAACUUUAGAACAAACUUCUAUUCUUUUCACUCUUUGCCUGUGUUGCUGCAAAUUGACGUCUCUUCUCAAGAAGACACUUGAAUGUUCGCUUCAAGGUUGAGGGAAAAAAAAAGAAUUUAUUUUUUCUAUAAAUAUACGGAUAUCAAUGUCAAAGGGAUGUCAGUGAUGGCACUCACCUUUCUAUUGUUAUGAAGUGCUAAUACUGUAAAUUGCAAUUCCAGUGAGUGUUAAUGAAUUACUGAAUAGCAUAUUCUCAUGUCAGAUAAGUAAACAAUUAUAACUGCUGGUGAGGCGGUGCAUAUUUAAUUGGGAAUAAAAUGAAAUUUUGAAUUUC